AUGGAACCAUUCCCAGAUACUUUAUUUUUCACUGAUUAUGGAUUUAGAAAUGAAUCUGGUACUGCAGUUUUAAAAGCAAAUACUAUAAUUGGUAAAAGAUUUGUGAAAUUUAAUUUAGGUGGAAAUGAUGGUUUUAACUUUUAUUAUGAUUUAAGUUUAUAUAAUUAUUUAACUGAAACUGAAGUAUAUAAUAUGGUUGAAGAUUUCCAAAGUUUAAAAUGUCAUUUUAACCAUGGUCUUACUGUUUUGUUCUUUUUAGCAAUUAUAGGAACAUGCUUUUUGUUUGGUGUUGUUUUAUGGAUUCCAUUUUUUAUUUGGUUCUUUGUUGAAAAAAAGAAACUUUUAAAAAAAUUAAUGGAUAAAGAAGCAGAAUUAAUUCUUAAAUAUAAUAACUUAUAUUCUCAUCGUAAUAUUGCAAUUAGAGCAAAGGGUGAAGGAUUUUUACGUCAUUUUGAUAUUUUAAUACCAAGUGAUAUUGGAAAUGCUCCAAUCUUAACCAAAUAUGUUGGUACUGAACAAUUGGUGAUCUCACUAAACACUCCAAAUGGUUAUGCUCCAAUCAGAUCCAUUAUUCUUAAUGUUUAA